AUGAGAUUCUCAGCGGUGUGGUUUGUCUUAUUAUUGGUGGUAAUAGAAGAAGCCACAUGUUUCACUUUCAACAGGGAGAAAAGGCUCUCAGAGUUCAAACACAAAAUUGAGCAAAAAAUGGCUAGUUCCCUAGCACCCUCGGCAUCACCUGAAACAAAAAUGAGUGGGAGGGUGUUGUACCUGAGUGAAUAUGGUGCGGAUCCAACUGGGGCACAAGAUAGUAGUGAUGCCAUUUUGAAAGCUGUGGAAGAUGCUUUUGAGUUGCAUAAUGGUCUUGAAUUGGUAGCAGGUGUCAAUGACCUUGGAGGUGUUGUCAUUGAUUUGCAAGGUGGAAACUACAAAAUCAGCAAACCCAUUACAUUCCCUUCCUCUGGUGGUGGCAAUGUCGUGGUGAAAGGAGGAACCUUGAGAGCAUCAGAUACUUUUCCUGGUGAUCGGCAUCUAGUUGAGCUAUGGUCAUCAAAUUCCAAGAAACUUGAGACAACUGAAUCUCUGCAUGCUGAUAGCCUCAACAGCAUUAAAGCACAAAACAAUGGAAUUUACUAUGAAGACAUAACCUUCAGGGACAUCCUAUUUGAUUCAAGCUAUAGAGGAGGAGGGAUUUUCAUUGUAGAUUCUGCUAGAACCCGGAUCAACAAUUGCUUUUUCCUGCAUUUCACCACAGAAGGAAUUCUAGUCCAGCAAGGACAUGAGACAUUCAUAACAAGUUGUUUUCUUGGGCAACACUCAACAGUUGGUGGAGACAAAGAUGAGAAGGACUUUUCAGGGGUUGCCAUUGAUCUUGCAAGUAAUGAUAAUGCAGUCACAGAUGUUGCAAUUUUCUCAGCAGCCAUUGGUAUUGUGCUAAGGGGUCAAGCUAACAUUCUAACAGGGGUACAUUGUUAUAACAAAGCAUCAUCUUUUGGUGGCAUAGGCAUCUUAGUGAAAUUGGCAGGACAUUCACAAACAAGAAUUGACAACUGUUAUCUUGAUUACACUGGUAUAGUCAUGGAAGACCCUGUUCAAGUUCAUGUCACUAAUGGGUUAUUUCUAGGGGAUGCUAAUAUUUUAUUAAAAUCUAUUAAAGGUCAAAUUUUGGGCUUAAAUAUAGUGGAUAAUAUGUUUAGUGGUGACCCCAAUAAGAAGGUUCCAAUUGUGAAUCUAGAUGGGCAAUUUAGUAACGUUGAUCAAGUGGUGAUUGAUCGAAACAAUGUGAAUGGCAUGGGCUUGAGAUCAACGGUUGGGAAGUUGAUUGUGUCCGGAAAUGGCACAAAGUGGGGGGCUGAUUUUUCAUCAGUUUUGGUAUUUCCUAAUCGGAUUAGUCAUUUUCAAUAUUCAUUUUAUGCUCAAGAUGAGCCCAAAUUUGUAGCACUUUCUGUGACCAAUGUGUCAGAUAAUGUUGUAGUAGUGGAGAGUGAGAAAGAAGCUAAAGGGUUGGUCUCCUUCUUUGUUGAACAAUAAGAAGCUGGAGUGAUUGUAUUAAUUUAUGCAUUAAACAAUAAAAUAAUAUU